AUGGCAAACGUUCCUUCUCCUCUCAAGCCGCACAUUCUCAUCAUCCCCGGAGCAUGGUACCCGGCCUCAAACCUAGACACAUUCAUCGAAUCGCUAGAAGCCGCAGGAUAUUCCGCUGAAGCCUUCUCGCUCCCCAGUUUCAACACAGCAGGCGUCUCUGUCCAAGACGACGAAGAUCGAGUGAAAGUUUUGCUCACGUCUCUGAUCGACAAUGGAAAAGAUGUCAUCAUCCUCGCCCAUUCUUACGGCGGGUUGGUUGCAGCGGGAGUUAUCGCCAAUCCGGGUCUAGACCAGAGGACCAGAGAAGCACAGGGGUCAAAGGGGGGUGUCGUUGGUAUUGUAUAUCUGGCCGCUAUUAUACCUGCAGAAGAUGAGGGGAUUCUUCAGCUGGUGGGUGGAAAGUGGUUGGAGUACAUUGAUGAUACCAAGGCUGAAACAGAAGGUCUUCUCUACACGUUUAACCCAACAGAAACCUUCCAUCAUGAUUGCUCAGCCGAAUUAGCCAGCAGCGCUGCAGAGACCCUGAUGCCACACUCUGAACUGGCUUUGAAGACAGCCCCUUCGGCAGUAGGGUGGAAAGAUAAGGCGUACGAUGGCCGCCGCGCUUACAUUCGCUGUCUUCAGGAUAAGGCGCUUCCUAUUGGCAUUCAGGAACACUUAAUUGCUCGAUCGGAAGUCGAGUGGGUGGCCAAGUCUCUGGACUCUUCGCACAGCCCAUUUUUGUCGAUGCCAGGCGACUUGACGAGGGUAUUAGAAGAGAUUGUAGAAGAGUUUGUAAAGAAUUGA